AUGCCACUCAUCCUCGACAGUCCCUCUGAAUCGUCAUUCGAAACCCCUCCUGACCCUCUGGAAGAGCGUCGUCGGCUUCACCAUGAUGCUGAUGUUGUUAUCGUUGGUGCCGGCAUUUUGGGAUCUGCGUUAGCAGUUGCACUUGCUGAUCAGGGUCGAAGUGUGAUAUUGCUUGAAAGAUCUCUCAAAGAACCCGAUAGAAUUGUUGGAGAAUUACUACAACCAGGGGGGGUCGAAGCAUUGGAGAAGCUUGGACUCAGGCACUGUCUGGAAGAGAUCGAUGCGAUUCCGGUCAAGGGAUACGAGGUGAUAUACUAUGGAGAAGAGGUGGCAAUACCCUACCCUGGCAACGCACACGGGAGUAAAGCGUCUCCAGAAAAGACUUCAAAACCCGAGGGUCGGUCCUUCCAUCACGGACGAUUUGUAUCCCGUUUACGCUCCGCAGCCCUGAUCCAUCCCAACAUCACCACAUUCGAGACGGAAGUAACCUCGAUCAUUAAGUCGACCCAUACAUCUGAGGUACUUGGUGUCGAAAGUCUCACCAAUAAAACGAAGCCUGAAUUUUUUUUUGGGUCCCUGACUGUCAUUGCUGAUGGCUACGCUUCCAAAUUCCGCAAAUCCUACCUACCGCAUACUCCCAAGACGAGAUCGAAAUUUUGGGGCCUAGAGCUGAUCGACGCGGAUCUGCCUCUGCCGGAACACGGCCACGUGAUUUUGGGUGACGGCGCACCCGUACUACUCUAUCAGAUUGGCACACAUGAAACAAGAGCGCUCGUGGAUAUACCCGACAACACGCCGACCGCAUCCGUGAAGGUUGGUGGAGUCAAGGCUCAUUUACGUAACGUUGUUUUGCCGUCAUUGCCUCAGCAAGUCCAGCCUUCCUUUGCUGCUGCUCUCGACAAGGGUGCUCUACGAUCAAUGCCAAAUUCAUUUCUCCCAUCCGCCACCAACAAGACCCCGGGUCUGAUCCUGCUAGGAGACGCAAUGAACAUGAGACAUGCUUUGACUGGGGGUGGCAUGACAGUGGCCCUCAACGAUGUCGUUCUGCUGCGUAGCCUACUAUCGCCUCAUCAUGUACCAGAUCUGGCAGAUUCCAAGGCCGUCUUGCAUCAGAUGCGAUCCUUCCAUUGGCAGCGAAAGAACCUCACGGCCGUGAUCAACAUACUUGCCCAGGCACUGUACUCGCUUUUUGCAGCUAACGAUCCGUACCUCAAAUACCUCCAGAUGGGCUGCUUUCGAUACUUUCAACUUGGGGGCCAAUGCAUCGACGGCCCAGUCGGUCUCUUAGCAGGCAUAAUCCGACAACCCUCACCUGACGCCCGUGGUCUAGAGGUAGACCAGGCGGCACCUGGUUCUCCCAAAAUGCGGCUGCCGCAAGAUAAACUUGCAGUCAUCAAAAGAUAUAUACACGCUGCGCAAGGUGCCAUCGUCGCAAUUGCAUGGCUCCUGUGUAUCAUCAUAUUUACCCGCCAAGGUCAUUCAGAUGGCAGAGUCGGCUGGUACUUUGGCCUUUGCUGGCUGUCGAUACCCAUCCUAGUGUAUCUGGUCAUGGUGCCAAUGUGGCCUCGAGCGCGGCGCUUUUCGAAUGUUUAUGCCUUUGCUACCUUGGACGCUUUAUCCGUCGUCUUUUGGCUGAGUGCAUGGGCAGCAAUGGCCUCGUACGUCUCCCAGGGUAUUGGCAAAGGGGACAACGAGGAGGCGACUGGGUGUGACAACUUCAAGUUCGGCAGCCCAGGACGUUGCAAGAUCAGCCAAGGCGUUAUCGUACUGGGCGUCGUUCUGAUGCUGUGCUUUGCCGCCACAGCAUUUAUAUCCUUCAAAGCUGUCAUGCACUACAAACGGACGGGUGAAAUGCCAAAUCCAACUAUGGGCAACGAGAACUUUGCCAAACAAACACAGGAUGCCUUCUCCAGCAACAUCCGGAAUGACGACCCUUUCGAUGACAAUCAUGCAGAUCUUGAUGCGAGACAGGGUGGUACAUCAGGAUACGGUCCAGCAAGACGUUCGGAGGACGAUGAAUAUACCUUGUUGCAGAAUGAUCACGAUGAAAUCAACCAGGCACAACCUACUCAACCAGCUGGGCCGUUGGGAUAUGGUCCCAACUCGGGAGCAAUCAUGCAUGAUUAUGAUACAAGCUACGCGGGCUCUUACGGGCAAAAUAUACCGGAUGGCGGAUAUGGAAAUGCCCCGUAUAGUAGAUGA